UUUUAUUCAAAGCUUUAAGACCAAACCACGAGGCACAAUCCAUGCAUUUCACCCAAAGGUCUCUCUCUAUAUAUAUAUAGGCAAAAUGUUUUUAAGUGCAUACAUAGUAUACAAAAAUGGGUGGUGUUAAUGAAAUAGGUUCCAACAAGGCGGUUUCUGUGGCAACGACACCGCCUAUAUCGGCCCCCCCUUCACAGUUUCACUCUCCUUCUCUUUCUCGAUCACCACUUCUUGCCUCGGAUGAUCAUAUACAGCCUGCAAAUAAAACACCUAGAAUAAGUACUCCAAGGUUUGUUACCCCUUUGGGGAGUCCAAUUAGGAGGGCUCUACAGCUUACUAGGCUCGAUCCUCACGAUGCUUGGCUUCCGAUCACCGAGUCAAGAAAUGGGAAUGCAUAUUACGCUGCAUUUCAUACUCUUUGUUCUGGGAUCGGUAUUCAAGCCCUCGUGCUCCCUGUUGCUUUCACGAUUCUUGGGUGGACUUGGGGAAUCAUAAUCUUGACUUUAGCCUUCAUAUGGCAGCUUUACACCCUAUACUUACUGGUGCAACUCCACGAAUCUACCGAAACUGGGAUGCGUUACAGUCGAUACAUGCAGCUUUGCAGUGCAACGUUCGGUGAGAAGUUAGCAAAAUGGUUGGCUCUAUUUCCCAUCAUGUACCUAUCGGGAGGAACAUGCGUGGCCUUGAUCAUCAUCGGGGGCCAAACUUGUAAGAUGUUCUUCGAUGUCAUAUGUGGCGGAACGUGCACCGCUCAGCCACCAACCAUCGUGGAAUGGUUCUUGAUAUUCACUUCAGCUGCGGUCCUUCUAUCUCAGCUGCCUAACUUGAACUCGAUAGCCGGGGUGUCACUAAUCGGAGCCAUCACAGCUUUCGGGUACUGUACCCUGAUUUGGGUUGUCUCAGUUAUUGAGGGAAGAACUGAAGGUGUAUCGUACAAUCCAGUACGAGGAAGCACCGAAGUCACUCGCAUUUUCGAUGUUUUCAACACAUUUGGGAUCGUUUCUUUUGCUUUCAGAGGCCACAAUCUCAUACUUGAGAUCCAAGCAACAAUGCCGUCCGACGAGAAACAUCCCUCGUCAGUCCCGAUGUGGAAGGGAGUCAAGAUUGCGUACACACUCGUUGCAAUGUGCUUAUUCCCUCUUGCAAUCGGAGGCUAUUGGGCUUAUGGUCAAAGGAUUCCGGAAAACGGGGGCAUUCUAACAGCCUUGUUUGUAUUCCAUGGCAAAGACACCUCCCAAUUCAUCCUAGGACUAACAAGUUUAUUCGUCAUAAUCAACGCGCUAAGCUCAUUCCAAAUCUACGGCAUGCCAACUUUCGACGACAUGGAAUCCGUAUAUGUUAAGAAGAAGAAGAAGGCAUUGCCAUGGUGGUUCCGAGCAAUUCUUCGAGCAAUGUUCGGGUACGGAUGCUUCUUCGUGGCGGUGGCAAUCCCAUUCUUAGCAAGCUUGGCUGGUCUAGUUGGUGGCAUAGCAUUACCAGUCACCUUAGCUUAUCCAUGUUUCAUGUGGCUUAAGGUUAAAAAACCAAAGGCUUUUACACCAAUUUGGUGCCUAAAUUGGGUGUUGGGUCUCUUAGGGAUGGCUCUAAGUGGGGUUUUAGUGGCAGCUGGGAUUUAUGUUAUUAUUGAUACAGGUGUUGAAGUUAGCUUCUUCGAUCCUCGGUAAUUAUUAACUAAUAAAGCAGUUGAAUGUUUUGUCCAUAAUAUAUAGAAAAAAUCAGAAGUAGUCAAGAGCCGAUCAGAUCAUUA